AUGGCCCCUUCCGGUCAAAUGGGCCCUUCCGGUCAAAUGGGCCCUUCCGGUCAAAUGGGCCCUUCCGGUCAAAUGGGCCCUUCCGGUCAAAUGGGCCCUUCCGGUCAAAUGGGCCCUUCCGGUCAAAUGGGCCCUUCCGGUCAAAUGGGCCCUUCCGGUCAAAUGGGCCCUUCCGGUCAAAUGGGCCCUUCCGGUCAAAUGGGCCCUUCCGGUCAAAUGGGCCCUUCCGGUCAAAUGGGCCCUUCCGGUCAAAUGAGCCCUUCCGGUCAAAUGAGCCCUUCCGGUCAAAUGGGCCCUUCCGGUCAAAUGGGCCCUUCCGGUCAAAUGGGCCCUUCCGGUCAAAUGGGCCCUUCCGGUCAAAUGGGCCCUUCCGGUCAAAUGGGCCCUUCCGGUCAAAUGGGCCCUUCCGGUCAAAUGGGCCCUUCCGGUCAAAUGGGCCCUUCCGGUCAAAUGAGCCCUUCCGGUCAAAUGAGCCCUUCCGGUCAAAUGGGCCCUUCCGGUCAAAUGGGCCCUUCCGGUCAAAUGGGCCCUUCCGGUCAAAUGGGCCCUUCCGGUCAAAUGGGCCCUUCCGGUCAAAUGGGCCCUUCCGGUCAAAUGUGCCCUUCCGGUCAAAUGGGCCCUUCCGGUCAAAUGGCCCCUUCCGGUCAAAUGGCCCCUUCCAGUCAAAUGGCUUCUUCCAGUCAAAUGGCCCGAUCCGGUCAAAUGGCCCGAUCCGGUCAAAUGGCCCGAUCCUGUCGAAUGGCUCGAUCCGGUCAAAUGGCCCCUUCCAGUCAAAUGACCGCUUCCGGUCAAAUUCCUCCUUCGUUCAAAUGA